GCGCUGUCCGGGGCGGCCAGAGCGGCGCGCACCGACCGACGGACGGGCCGACGGAGCGGCUGCAGGGCGGACCGACGGGGCAGCGCAGGGAGCGGGCACGCGGCGGGACAGCGACAUGGCCGGCCACUCGCAGCAGCCGAGCGGGCGCGGGCUCCCCGGCCCGGCGCCCUCGCCCUCCCCCGGCCCGGGUCCCGGGCCCGGAGCCUCCCCGGAGCGGGUGACGCUCAAGAAGGAGAUCGGGCUGGUGAGCGCCUGCACCAUCAUCGUCGGCAACAUCAUCGGCUCGGGCAUCUUCAUCUCCCCCAAGGGCGUGCUGGAGCACUCGGGCUCUGUGGGGCUUGCGCUCUUUGUCUGGGUCCUGGGGGGCGGCAUCACCGCCCUGGGCUCCCUGUGCUAUGCCGAGCUGGGCGUCGCCAUCCCCAAGUCCGGCGGGGACUACGCCUAUGUCACUGAGAUCUUCGGGGGCCUGGCCGGGUUCCUGCUUCUCUGGAGUGCCGUCCUCAUCAUGUACCCCACCAGCCUGGCUGUCAUCUCCAUGACCUUCUCCAACUACGUGCUGCAGCCUAUGCUCCCCAGCUGCAUCCCGCCGGCCGCCGCCUCCCGCCUGCUGUCCAUGGCCUGCCUGAUGCUGCUGACCUGGGUGAACAGCUCCAGCGUGCGCUGGGCCACGCGCAUCCAGGACGUGUUCACGGGCGGGAAGCUGCUGGCCCUGUCGCUCAUCAUCGCUGUGGGCUUCGUUCAGAUCUUCCAAGGACACUUUGAGGAGCUGAGGCCCCGCAAUGCCUUCUCCUUCUGGAUGACGCCAUCAGUGGGGCACCUGGCCCUCGCCUUCCUCCAGGGCUCCUUCGCCUUCAGCGGCUGGAACUUCCUCAACUACGUCACUGAGGAGCUGGUGGACCCUCGGAAGAACCUACCUCGCGCCAUCUUCAUCUCCAUCCCGCUGGUGACCUUCGUGUACACACUCACCAACAUCGCCUACUUCACUGCCAUGUCACCCCAGGAGCUGCUGGCCUCGAACGCGGUGGCCGUGACCUUCGGGGAGAAGCUGCUGGGCUACUUCUCCUGGGUCAUGCCCGUCUCCGUGGCACUUUCCACGUUCGGAGGCAUCAAUGGUUACCUGUUCACUUCCUCCAGACUCUGCUUCUCUGGUGCCCGGGAGGGUCACCUGCCCAGUCUGCUGGCCAUGAUCCAUGUCAGACGCUGCACCCCCGUCCCCGCCCUCCUCGUCUGCUGUGGGGCCACCGCUGUCAUCAUGCUGGUGGGUGAUACCUACACUCUCAUCAACUACGUGUCCUUCAUCAACUACCUCUGCUACGGCGUCACCAUUCUGGGCCUGCUGGUGCUGCGCUGGAGGCGGCCGGCUCUGCACCGGCCCAUCAAGGUCAACCUCCUGAUCCCGGUGGCGUACUUGGUCUUCUGGGCGUUUCUGCUGGUCUUCAGCUUCAUCUCGGAGCCCAUGGUGUGCGGGGUCGGCGUCAUCAUUAUCCUCACUGGGGUCCCCAUCUUUUUCCUGGGCGUGGUCUGGAGGAGCAAACCAAAGUGUGUGCGCAGACUAGCCGAGUCCCUGACGUGCUGGGGCCAGGAGCUGUGCUUCGUAGUCUACCCCCAGGGCUCCCCGGAGGAGGAGAGCAGCCCCUGGGAGGCCUCCCCGCUGCCUGCUGCCUCCGACAAGCCCCUGAAGACACAGUGAGACGUCGAGGGGCCGCCGGAGCAGCGGUUUCUGUUUACAUGUUGUUUAUUGAGGAGGUGUUUUUGCAAAAACAUUCGUUUUUUUUUCUCCCGAAACAACAAAAACGAUCCAAUUCUUGGAGGGGUGAGGAGCCCCCAGAAGUGUGGGCAGGCUCCCUGUCACUCCACCCUCCUGGCCCGCCUGGAAGGUCCCCGAAUAAAACAGGCUGGUGGCCCUCGAGAGAGCCGCCGCUCGGCUGA